AUGAUAUUCAUCAAAUUGUUCUUCUUUGUUUUUAUUCUUUCAAUAAAUAGUCAACAAAUAUAUGAAUGUGAUUUUGAUUAUGGACAAAUAUGUCUAUUAGGGCUUCAAUCAGCCUCAUAUAUUUUAUUAAAUGAAACAAGUGAACAACCUCGACAACCAGCUUCUGAUGUAACUGCAAUAGACACAUCAAAUGAUAUGGGAGAAUGUUAUUUUCCUUUUCAAUUAAAUUCAUUUGAAAUGUUUUUUUGUGAAAAAAGUGAUCCUAAUCUACCAUCAACAUGUCCAACAUUGAAUGGAACUGGUCCAAGAAUAAAUUGUAGUGAAGGUGAAUAUGGAUAUGAAUUGUUUGAAAUGGGAGAGAUAGGAUAUCGUUCAUAUAAAGUUGAUUUAACUUCUCAAUUAUCAUCUGGUCAACAUUGUAUUAGAUUUUAUUAUUAUUUAUCUGAUCAAUAUUCAAAUGGAACAAUUCAAGUUAUUAUUCAAGACACAAUAUUAAAUCAAAAUCAAACAAUUCUUAUUGCUUAUUUACGUCUUCAAAAUCGAUGGCAUGAAAUAAGAGAAAAUUUUUAUCUUGACAAUCCAAAUCCAACUAUAUAUUUUCUAUUUCAACGAGAAUAUUCAUCAGAUUUUCUUCCAUAUUAUAUGGCGAUUGAUGAUAUUACUAUAAUUGAUCUUGAAUGCGAUCCAAUUCCUACUACAACUAUUAUAACUACAACUCAAACUUUGAUAUCAACAACAACAGCAACAACAACAAGAAUAAUAUCAACUAUUUCAUCAUCAACUCAAAGUAGUCAAUCAACAUUUAUUUCAACUUCGACAAAUCCAAUGAGAACAAGUUCAACUUCAACAAGUUCAACUACAAUAAAUCAAGGAACAACAUCAAUAGAAAUAAUCAGUUCAACAACAAAUUAUCCUCAAUCAUCAACAAUAUCUACAUCAACUCAACAAGGUUCAUCAUCAAUUAAAAGUAAAUUAAAUAAACUUUUCUUUUUUAUAUAA